UAUUCAAAAAAUCAACGGUGCGCCACCGCAGAAAAAAAAAUGGUGUCGAGUCGGCGCAGCGAAAUGGUUGGAUGGAGAGGGGAGAGCUGCUGCGCGUUGAGUGGAGGGAGACUGCGAGUGAGAUGGAGGCGGGGGGAAGGACCGUCUCUGCGGGGACUGGAGCCCAGCAUCGACGGCGCAGUGCUGGCUAUAGUUCAACCCUCCCCUUCUUCCUCCACAGCGACGCUGGCUCACAACGAAACAGGUAAGGCACCACAAAACUCGGCCGGUUUCACAGCUAUACCACCGAGAAGCUCGUAAAGAAAACGGUGAAAAGUUUACAGUGAAGCAUUUAGUUGUGGGGCUGGUUGUCAUUUAAACGCCCCUCGCACGGCAGUUUCUUUGUAGCACCCAAACAGAGCGACCGUUGUGGAAGGGUACAGACGAGGUCGGCCAUAGCCGAAUGACUUAACCCGAACAGUGGGGAAGAACCGCGUUGUAGGACCCGAAGAUUCGGGACUUUAUAAUCACAAAUGAAUGGAGACAUGGAGGCGGUGGCCCAGGACCAAGUGUGGGCGCAGGAUGACCUCCUAAAAUUGCUGGACUCCAUGAAAGUGGCUCUGCCUCAGAAGGAUCUGACAAAAUACAAAACCUCCGAGUCCCACCUGGACUGGCAGAAGGUAGCCUUCAACUCCUACACAGCAGAGAUGUGCAAGCAGAAAUGGCAGGAAGUCUCAAAAGAGAUCCGAAAAUUCAGAACUCUAACAGAGCUGAUAGUUGAUGCCCAGGACUACAUCAAGAAUCCUUACAAAGGCAAAAAAUUAAAGAAACACCCAGAUUUUCCCAAGAAGCCUUUGACUCCGUAUUUCCGUUUCUUCAUGGAAAAGAGGGCCAAGUAUGCAAAGUUGCAUCCUGAGAUGAGCAACUUGGACCUCACUAAGAUCCUCUCCAAGAAGUACAGAGAGCUUCCUGACAAAAAGAAGAAAAAGUAUGUAGAUGACUUCUUGCGUGAUAAGGAAACAUUUGUGCAAAGCAUGAUGAAAUUCAGGGAAGACCAUCCAGACCUCAUGGAGAACAUGACUAAGAAAGGCUCAAAUGUCCCAGAAAAGCCCAAGACGCCUCAACAGUUGUGGUAUAACCAUGAAAAAAAGGCAUUCCUCAAGACCCACCCUGAUGCGACCACCAAAGACAUCAAGGACAGUCUUGGUAAGCAGUGGACGCAGCUGUCUGACAAAAAGAGGCUCAAAUGGAUUAGCAAGUCCCUGGAGCAGCAAAAGUUGUAUGCGGAAGCGAUGCGGGAAUACAUCCAGCAGCACCCGGAGCUGAACAUGACCCAGGGAGCCAUCGUGAAGUCCACCCUGACUAAGGCGGAGCGGCACCUCAAAGACAAGUCCGACGGACGGCCCGACAAACCACCCCCAAACGGUUACUCGAUGUUCUGCGCCGAGCUGAUGUCCAGCAUGAAGGAUGUUCCGAGCACAGAGCGCAUGGUUAUCAGCCAGCGGUGGAAGCUCCUGAAGCAGAACGAAAAGGAUGCGUACCAGAAACGCUGCGAACAGAGGAAGAAGGAGUACGAAAUAGAGAUGAACAGAUUCCUCAGUACCUUGUCAGAGCAGGAGCAGCAGCGAGUUCUGGGGGAGGAUAAGAUUGGUCUUAAAAAGAACAGUGCUGCCAGCAGUCCUGCCUCUAAAAAGAAAAAUGCUAAAACGAAGGCAAGUACAGAGAAACCCAAGAGGCCCAUCUCUGCCAUGUUCAUAUUCGCUGAGGAGAAGCGAGCCAAGCUGCAGCAGGAGCGACCCGACAUUCCGGACAGCGAGCUCACCAGACUCCUGGCCCGCAUGUGGAACGAGCUGCCUGAUAAGAAGAAGGAGAAGUAUAAACGCUUGGAGGCGCUUCUGAAAGCCGAGUCUGAGAAGAAGGAGAGGGAGGACAGAAGUCGCCUGCCGGAUCCGCCCAAAACGGCUCAGGAAAUCUGGCAGCAGAGUGUCAUAGGGGACUACGUUGCCAGAUUUAAGAAUGAUCGACCAAAGGCGCAUAAAGCCAUGGAAACGGCGUGGAGCACCAUGGAGAAAAAGGAGAAGAUCAUGUGGAUCAAAAAAGCUGCAGAAGACCAGAAAAGAUAUGAAAGAGAUCUGUGUGAGAUGCGAUCUCCUGCUAACGCCGUCACAUCUUUGAAGAAGAUGAAGUUUGAAGGAGAACCCAAAAAACCACCAUCAAACGGAUACCAGAAGUUCUCCCAAGAGAUGCUGUCCAAUGGCGAGCUGAAUCACCUCCCGAUGAAGGAGCGAAUGGCUGAGAUCGGCAGCCGGUGGCAAAGGCUGCCACUGAAGGACAAAGACCGCUACAAGAAGAUCGCCGAGGAGAAGCAGAAGCAGUACAAAGUUCUCCUGGAACAGUGGCUCGCUAGCUUGUCUUCACAAGAGCGAAAUACUUACAGAGAAUACAAUUCCCAAAAAAGAAGAAAUCCAGCAAAACCAGGAGCUGCCAAAGCAAAAAUUAAGAAAUCUGACACGGAGGAAGAGGACGACGAUGAUGACGACGAUGAGCAGGAGAAGGCUUCAUCUGAAGCAGACUCCUCCAGUGAGGAUGACGACGAUGAUGAAGAAGAUGACGAUGAUAACGAUGAAGAUGACGAUGAUGACGACGACGAUGACGAUGAUGAUGAGGUGGACGACAAAGAAAACAAAUCGGACGAUGACAGCAGCAGCGACUCUAACUCUGCCGAGUCGUCGGAGUCGGAUUCGGACUGAAACAUGGCUGCCGCCGCCGCCGCCCAGAGACGAACUAAAGCAGCGCUGAGCUGAGCCAAGAGUCCAGGGAGCUCUGCCACUGUGCCAACCCUGCUCUCCUCCCACUAGAGGGAGCUCUCCUUCCCCUCCGCAUCGCUUCAUCUAUCCUACACCCGGUUUACGUUGCUGCUCCAAAAGGAAGCCCGGCCCUGAAGUCAGUCCGAUUCCCUCCUGGGUGUGACGGUCACAGCUGACGUUAUACCAAAAACAGCAUCCCACUGGUUUGGUGAUGUCAUGAACAUUUCUUCUCUGAGUUUGGUUAUUUUAUUUGCAGGCUCUAUAGUAAAAGUUUGAGUUAAAUCUAUCAGGUAAUCAGUUUCCCUCCAGUAUUUUUUUUUUCCUGACAAGCAGGUUGUGGACAGAACAGGCUUCAGAGCCAAAGAACACAAUUUGGUGGAUCACUUCAUGAAGAGGGGGGCAGGGAGCAUGUGCAGGGCACUGAAUAAUUGCACUCUUUAGAAUGUUUCUUUUAAUUACUUUUUUUUUUUUUUUUUUUUUUUUCAUUUGAUGUAGAUUUUGUGAUUUGGUUCUUACAACGGUGGUCUUUUGUUUUGAAGUCAAGCCAUUAAGAAUGUUUUUCUGUCACUGGAAGUUGUUUCCGGAUGUCUUCUCAGUAGGUUUAGCAUGAUUUCCGUCAGAGUGGAUGGGCUCCAACUCAUCUAUACCGCUGGCAGAUUUAUGAAUUAAAGGCAUUUUCAUUCAGUCGAGAAGUUUGGCUUUGAUUUGAACUGAUGCAGGCAUCUCUCGUUAUGUAAAUGAGGACAAUGUUUUGUCACAUUUGGGUGGGGGGGAUAAAAAUCUCUGUUUUAUUUCAGUUUUAACAAGACCUCGCAUGUUUAAAAUUAUUUAUAUCCUUUUUUUUAAUAAUCGGUGGACAAAUGUGCAUUACAGAAAACAAACCCCUCCAACAAUUGCUGACUGACUUUGUGCAUUAAAUCUAAUGGGUAAUUAUUCAUACCCAUGUUAAAGGGUAUGAAUAAUUUAUUUGGCAUAACCUUUACUCAGCAUUAGAGAAAAUACAAUAAUUACUGUAAGUUUUGGCAAACUCAUUAAGCUCAAUCCACAAAACAUUGGAACUUACCGCUGCAACAAUCAGUUUUUACAAAAUAACAAGAUCCAUAAAAUGUAAAAACAUCUGAAAAUAUUUAGUAAUUUCUUUAUUUUCAAUGCCUUUCUUACACUGUAAGAAUAGCAUUGUAGAUUUUCUGUGUCGGAAAAAGUGUUUAAUGCGUUGGAAUUUACAGACUUCAUAUGUUGAGGUUUAAUCAGAAGGUUUAAAAUGCAUUAAUUUCCAGGUGUAAAUAUUUGGUAACAUCACAGCAUCCAGGUCGUCUCCAAAACAACACGUCUCAUAGGAUUCAUUUAUCAGUCUUAAAACAAUUCUGGUUGUUUCAGCAGUUUGUCUGGACCUCAAAGGGAGCCAUUUUUGCAGUGGUCUCCAUUUAAGUUUUAGUAUUUUUAGUAUUUUUAACUAUAUACCUUUGGAUGUUUUUAUUAUUUUGUUGAUAUACUUCCAGGUUUUUCAUUGAUCUUCUGCUGAGGACCUGAAUGGUUUCAUUUUUUUUUUAAAUUGAGUUUUGUUUAUUUCAGUGGCUGUCAUGACUUUGGGUUUUGUCUAAUGCCCCCCUCCUAAAAAGUGUACACUUAAUGUAAAUCUGUCCUUCUGAGUUUGUGUGCACGCAUUCACAUUGCUGUGUAUAUACGACGAUGUGUGCGUGUGUAUUUCUAUUUUUUGCUUUAAUGUUUGCUGUUGAUGCUAUUUUCUUGCAAACAGAGACGUGACUACAGCUUGUCUGUGUGGGGGCAACAUACCAACACCAUGAAUGUACAUAUUCAUUUUUGGAUCCCAACCUUCCCGAAUUUGUGUCAUUAUUUCCCUAAUAAUGGACAAAACUUCCAUCAUUUUUAUUCUGAUUGAUUACUUUGUUAUUGAUCUGUAUGUGAUGGAAUAUUUUGACUGUAUCACAGACUGAAACAAAAACCAGCGUGGGCUAUUUAAGUAACUUGAGGAGGGGAACAAGUGACUGACGCAAAGGGAGUUACUGGGUGGAGCCGAGUUACCUAAAAAUUUGGGGUUAAAAAAUGUAAUUUUUCUGUAAAUACUGUUUUUUUUUUUUUUUUUUUUUUUUUGUAUUGAGUGGAUUUUGUUUUGUUAGUAUGUUAAUUUUGCAAUCCGUCUUCUGUGACUUCCAGGGCCAGUGAGUCUUCCACUCACGGGAGGAGAGUUUUUAGUUUAAGGUCACCUGUUUUACUUGUUUCUUCUCUUCCCCUAUGUUGGUUUGUAGAGAUAUGUAUGACAGCAAAGCUUUACAAGUUUGUACUGCUGAUCAUUUGACAGGAUUUGAUGUUUUAUAUAGCAAAGGAUGUUCUUAUGUCCUUGUAGUUUAAGUAUUUGGGCAAAUAAAAAAAAGAUUAUCCUUAAAA